GCAUUUUUUGCAUUUUGUGAGAUGGCAACACUAUGUGAACAUAUGCCGAUCAGCUGAUUAAAACAAAUUAUAUGUUCAACGAAAACUCAACAAGCACAAAUUAAGAAAACAUUUCACCUGAACUUUGAACCCCUUCAGCAGUGCGCUUGCUCAUAAAUAAUGAAAAACAACAGGCAGGAAAAUGUAUUCCAUGUGAAAAAUUAGAUAUUUUCUGAAGUUGGUCGGAGAAUUCAGAAGACAAUGCAACAGAUCCCUUCUCUGCUUUAAUAUCUGCAACACAAACCAUAUUCGCUAAAUAACAACGCGAAUAGGCACCGGCGAUUACACACCACCGAAUUACGGUGGAAGGAUCGGAAGUAUUAAAUUGUGCAUGUUAUCUUUUUACUUACAAGCCAAAAAAGUAUUCAAUCCACAAAUUGUGAUCGUAUACCAAUAGCGUUGUGAAUUACAGUCCUACCACUGCACCGCACCGCUGUCGCCGCUACCCUGUAAGUUUUCAUCAUGACACAUUGGGAAGAUUUCUACAACACUCACCUGCCACCAACGGAUUUCGAGGAUAAUCGCUCGCUAUUGAAAGAAUUUUGUGAACGACACAAUAAAUUGCACAACAGAAUCGUCCUUGUAACAUCAGGUGGCACUACCGUCCCUCUAGAACAUAACACGGUUCGGUUCGUAGAUAAUUUUAGUGCGGGAACUAGAGGCUCAUCAUCAGCCGAAUACUUUUUAGAUCAUGAUUAUGCAGUUAUAUUCAUGCAUCGCCAAAAAUCUCUAGAACCUUUCACUCGACAUUUUACGGGACAGCAAUUCUUUGACAUGCUAGAAAUUAGUGAUAAUGGACACAGUACAUCAAUUACAGUGAAUCCAGAUUCGGUCGAUGUGUUUGCACCAAUUUUGGCCAAAUACAAACAAGCACGAGAAUCCCAAAUGAUUCUCUAUGUAAGCUUCACGAGUGUUGUGGAUUAUAUGUGGUUGCUGCGUGCGGGAUGUGAGUGCUUAGCUGCAUUUGAUGAACGAGCGCUGUUGUAUUUGGCGGCAGCCGUAUCGGACUUUUACAUUCCACAGGAUAUGAUGCCAACACAUAAAAUACAGUCGGGAGAAGGUGCACCCACAAUUUCUUUACAAUUGGUUCCAAAAAUGUUAGCACCAUUGGCGAGUCUGUGGGUACCACAUGCUUUUGUUGUUUCUUUUAAAUUGGAAACUGAUGAAAAUUUGUUAAUAACUAAAGCUCGGGAUAGUUUAAGCAAAUAUAAACACACGUUGGUAAUAGCAAACAUACUACAGACACGCAAGCAUCGUGUAGUUUUCGUGACCCCAACAACCUCAUACGAGGUGCACCUGAGCAGGGAGCAAGCAUUGCAAGGACUUGAAAUCGAGGAACCAAUUGUUGCUGAUGUUGUACAGAAGCACACUGAAUUUAUUAGCACGGCUUCAAGUCGACAAUGACCAUUGUCUAUGCGACAGAGACGUCAUAUACAAGUUGAUUGUCGCGUGACCACACCACAUUUUUGCCGUUUAUUGAAUCCAGGACCAGGCAUUGGGCGUAAAUACUAAACACUUAUAGUUAUGUACA